CCCGGUUCGGCCCCGACUUCCUGCCGAUCGCUGGGAAGCCGCGCGCUGGUUGGGGUCCCCGGGGGCCGCCCUGGCACUUGGCCGCGUCCCCUGGAGCUCCGGCGGUCCUAGGAGGCGGGAGCUGCCCGCCAGCCGGGGUUCUGCUCAGAGCGACUUGCUAUUCACCGCGCGCCCUGCGCCAGCGCCUCCAAGGUUGGCCCCUCGAAUCUUCCUGGGGUGCCCCUGCCAGGCAGCGAUGCCAGGAUGCCUGUCUCUGCCUCCCCUCGCCAGGAUGGCAGCCAGGAGCGACCUCUGAGCCUGACCUCCACCACCUCCUCAUCAGGCUCCUCCAGGGACAGCCGCAGCACCAUGGAGGAGCCUGGGGGCCCAGAGGCGUCCACCGAGAACGGGGCCAGCUCCCCCCGAAGCAGGCAUGCCCCCCACAACAACAACAACUCCAGCGGCUGGUUGAACAUGAAGGGACCCCUGUCCCCCUUCAAUGGCCGGGCAGCGGCUGGACCCGCGCAUAAACUCAGCUACCUGGGCCGGGUGGUACGAGAGAUUGUGGAGACGGAGCGGAUGUAUGUCCAGGACCUUCGCAGCAUCGUGGAGGACUACCUCUUGAAGAUCAUUGACACGCCUGGGCUGCUGACGCCCGAACAAGUCAGCGCCCUCUUUGGGAACAUAGAAAACAUCUAUGCUCUGAACAGCCAGCUCCUCAGAGACCUGGACAGCUGUAAUAGUGACCCCGUGGCCGUGGCCAGCUGCUUUGUGGAAAGGAGCCAAGAAUUUGAUAUCUACACCCAAUAUUGCAACAACUACCCUAACUCGGUGGCCGCCCUGACGGAAUGCAUGCAGGACAAGCAGCAGGCCAAGUUCUUCCGGGACCGCCAGGAGCUGCUGCAGCACUCGCUGCCCCUAGGCUCCUACCUGUUGAAGCCUGUGCAGCGCAUCCUCAAGUACCACCUGCUUCUUCAGGAGAUCGCCAAGCACUUUGAUGAAGAGGAGGAUGGCUUCGAGGUGGUUGAAGAUGCCAUCGACACCAUGACCUGCGUGGCCUGGUAUAUCAACGACAUGAAGCGGCGACACGAACACGCAGUCCGGCAGCAGGAGAUCCAGUCUCUGCUUAUCAACUGGAAGGGGCCAGACCUCACCACAUACGGGGAGCUGGUCUUGGAAGGCACAUUCCGAGUGCAUCGCGUGCGCAAUGAAAGGACCUUCUUCCUCUUCGACAAAGCGCUGCUCAUCACCAAGAAGCGGGGUGACCACUUCGUCUACAAAGGGCAUAUCCCGUGCUCCUCCCUAAUGCUGAUCGAGAGCACUCGGGACUCCCUCUGCUUCACGGUCACUCACUACAAGCACAGCAAGCAGCAGUACAACAUUCAGGCCAAGACAGUGGAGGAGAAGCGGAAUUGGACUCACCAUAUCAAGAGGCUCAUUCUCGAGAAUCACCACGCCACCAUCCCGCAGAAGGCCAAGGAAGCCAUCUUGGAAAUGGAUUCCUACUAUCCCAGCCGGUACCGCGGCAGCCCAGAACGGCUGAAGAAGGCUUGGUCCUCUCAGGACGAGGUGUCCUGCCAUGUGCGCCAGGGACGCCGGCAGUCUGAGCCCACCAGACACCUCUUGAGGCAGCUGAGUGAGAAAGCAGCCAGAGCAACAGGAAUGAAGCAUGCGGGCAGCGCUGGCACUCUACUGGACUUCGAGCAGCCACCCUGUCCUCGGGGCCUGCAGACGAAGGGUGAAGGGGCUGCCCCGGAGGCGCAGGAGGAGGAACAGGUGGUGGAGGAGGAGGAGGAGGAGGAGGAGGAGGAGGAGGAGGAACAGGAGCAGGCCUUUCAGGUCUCUUUGGAGGCCCUGGUCAGGCCUGAAGGCAGCAAGAAAGGGACUGGGCCAGAGCCCCCAGGCUCGGAGGAGGAGGAGGAGGAGGAGGAGGAGGAAGAGAGCCUGGCAGUGGCGGAGCAGGUAGCCGACUUUGCCAGCUCCCUGCUGGCUGCCCUCCACUGCUGGCACUAUCGGGCCAACGCUUUACUUUUCUCCCGGGGUGCUAUGGGGAAGGGACGCCGGGAGUCGGAAGGCUCUAAGGGCUGCCGGAGGCCCAAUGGCCAGUCUCCAGCCAGCACUGAGAAGCGCCUGAGCGCCGAGUCCUUCUCCUCUCUGCCUGAGGUGGAUCCUGACCCUGUGUCCGGGUUCGAGCAGGAGGUGUUUGCUGCAGAAGACCCCUGCCCCGAGGAGAUGCACUUGGAUUCCGAGUCCCUUGAAGUUUUGGAAAAACAUCUCGACAUACCCCAUGAACUACUGAAAAAUCCAGGCGACAUGGUGGAUUUUGUGGUGCCUGAGAGCACGGAGGACCUCAAACCCCUGAGCAGUGAGGAGGAGGAGGAGGAAGAGGAGGAAUUGGUUGCAGCCCAGGAGCCUGAGAGCCUCCUGCCACCCUCCGUGCUGGACCAGGCCAGUGUCAUCGCCGAGCGGUUUGUCAGUGGAAUCUCCCGGCGCAGCAGCCUGGCGCUAGAGGAUGGCAAGUCCAGUGGCUUCGGGUCACCUCGGCUGGCCAGCCGGAGCAACAGCGUCCUCAGCCUCGAUGGCAGUGAGAAGGGCCUGGGAAGGCACGGCAGCCUCUCGGACUCCCUUAGCACCCAGCUGCCCCAAGACACGGACAGUGGUGCAGGAGGCCCCACCGAAAAUGGCUCUUCUGUCAACGGGAUGGAGGCCCCUGGCCCCAGUGGGCCCCCGGAGCCUUGCAAGAAAAAGGAAUCCACGCUCUCCACCCGGGACAGGCAGCUGUUGGACAGAAUCAAGACCUACUAUGAAAAUGCAGAGCACCACGAUGCAGGGUUCAGCAUCCGGCGCCGGGAGAGCCUCUCCUACAUUCCCAAAGGGUUGGUGAGAAACUCAGUCUCCAGGUUCAACAACCUUCCCAGGCCUGACCCCGAACCCCUGGCUCCCCUGGGGCCCAAGAGACAGACAGGCUCCCGGCCGGCCUCCUGGGCUCUGUUUGAGUUCCCAGGACCAAGUCAGGCAGGCCCAGGGGACCCAGCUCCCAUCACUGACUCCGAGUUCCGCCCGUCUUCCGAGAUGGUGAAGCUGUGGGAGGGCAUGGAGUCCUCCCGGGGGAGUCCUCGCAAGGGGCCAGGCUCAGGCCACGCUAAUGGCCUUGACUUUCAUGAGCCACUCUUCAUCUUGGAGGAGCAUGAGCUGGGGGCCAUCACUGAGGAGUCUGCCACUGGCUCUCCCGAGAGCUCCUCUCCCACUGAGCGAUCCAGCCCAGCCCACCUGGCCCAGGAGCUCAAGGAGCUGGUGAAGGAGCUCAGCAGCAAUGCCCAGGGCGGGCUGGUGACCCCUCUGCACCCCCGCAUCGUGCAGCUCUCCCACAUCAUAGAUGGCCACAUAAGCGAGAAAGUCAAGAACAAGGUCUACCAGUUGGCCCGCCAGUACAGCCUCCGCAUCAAGAGCAAGUCAGUGACAGCCAGGCCACCACUGCAAUGGGAAACGGAGAGAGACCAGAAGAGCCCCGCCAAUCCCCAACUGCAGAAGGAGGCUGGAGAAUAUUCAGGUGGCAAAGGUAAGAGAAGGCCGGUGCUGUCCCUUUUCUACCCAGAAUCGCCAACAGGCUCAGAGCACAGCCCUCCAAAGUCCACUGCUGGGGAGACAUCACCACGGUAUUUCUCCUCCAGCUCCUCUGCAGCUAGUCCCAGGACCACCUCUCCUGGGUCCCGGGCCUCUACACGAAACCCCCUAAGCCCCUUGGAUACUGAGACCUUCAACUGGCCCGAUGUCAGAGAGCUCUGCUCCAAGUACGCUGCCAACGAUGAGGCCCCACUGGCUGAAGGCAGCCGACCCUGGGCUCCCCCUGUUAACCGGAGCCGCUCGGUGCCGGAGAACAUGGUGGAGCCUCCUCAGUCGGCCAGAGUGGGCCGCUGCUGCAGCCUCAGUACCAAGAGGGGCCAGGCAGGCCCAAGGGGACCAGGGGACUCACCCCAGCAUGAUUCGGAUAGAGAGGACGACCUUUAUGUCACUGCCCAUGUCACCUUGGACAACAACCAAAGGGUGAUCAUCAUGGAGAAGGAACCCCCACCCGGCUCUGCUUUGGAGGACAGUGAGGGUCUCCACUCGCCUGUGACCAUGCCAUGGCAGGGACAGGAUUUCCGGGAGUAUGGACUGAAAGAAGAGGGUCCCAGGGACUCAGCAGACCCAAGUCAGCAGGGCAGAGUGAGGAACCUGAGGGAGAAAUUCCAGGCCUUGAACUCCAUAGGCUGACUCUGACCCGGCGGAGGAGCCUGCGGAAUGCUACACAAAGUCUGCACAAAGACUGUAUGUGUCCUGUUGAAGAAGUCCUACUCUGUGCCCUCUCCCCCCAGAAAUCAGAUGAAAGACAGAUGUGGGGCGCCCAGUUUGAGUGUUGUCCAUGUACUAGGUGACUU